AUUUAUUUAAAGUAAUUAUAAAAAUAAAUAAAAACAAAAAAAAAAAUCCAACAAAAUCCCAACCACCACAGCCCCUGCAAUAAACAGACCCCCAGUACUCGGCAAAUAUUUUGCCUUGAAUUUUUUGUAGUUUUUUUUUUGUCAUUGUUUCCUUCCAUCCAACCUUACCAGCCUACUUACAUUCGGUAACCAAACUCACCUAUAUAAUUGUCACGGAAUAUAGAUAUAUACGCAAAAACCUCGCAUCUACAAGUGUUCCUCUACACGUAGUUCAAUUACAGGUGUUUCAUAUUCUUUUUGCGGCUUUACGAUGGUUGUUUUGUUCCACAGUAUAAGAAGUUUGUAAUUCACGCUGUCUAAAGAACACGACUACAAAAAGAAGGAAAACUAUCAUUGAAAAUGACCGAAAAAGAACAAGAAUUCGCGCAGACACCUAGAAAGCGUUCCCGGGCUCACCAGCUUGGAGAUCCGCGUUUUUACUGUACCUUUCCAAACUGCACCAAGUCUUUUACAAGAAAAGAACAUUUACGAAGACACGAAAGAUCCCAUGAAAAUAUCAAGUCGUUUACCUGCCGUAUCUGCAAUAGAGCCUUUGCUAGAAGUGAUGUUCUUAACAGACAUGUCCAGCAAAUGCAUUUACAGCGUCGAAACCAACAACAAUUUACUCAAGCACAGCAACAACGUUACCAAUGUGAUCCUCAACUUUACACCGUAGCAAAAAACGGUUCACUUGGCCUUGCUGGAGCGGGUGCUGCAGCACCCGCCGUUCCUGGCGGUUUUGCCUUACCGAAAUCCCCCCUUCCUGUAGGAGAAAAAGCAACUGAAAAAGAAUUAGCUUACGUUGAUGGAACUACAGCACUCCCUCUCACAACUGAUUCUUCGGCAUUACGGCCUUUGAUGGACAUACCAGGAAGUGUUUUAACAACGGAGCUUGUACAGACAGAGCGUGCCAGCUUCUUCCCUUCCAGCUUGCCUCUUCUUCCCAUUGCACCUAAUAAGUCCACUAAAUACAUUUUAACAGCACAUUCUGAUAUGGAGGCCGAACAGAUUCUGCUGAAUGCAUUUCAGUGGGUAAUCUCAAAUUGCAAAGAUCAACAAAAAGUUGGGCUCGGUGGGGCGUUUGUCUACACAAACGGUAGCUGGCAAGCAAACAGACUUAUAGGCGGAAAGGAUUUUACACCUUAUCGAUUCUCUUCUGCCACUUUGCCUGCACCCUUCGAAAGCACACCUACUACUACUACGAAGGAGGAGACUGAUAUCAUACACACAUUUAUAAAGAACGAACUUCACUUGGAACUAUCGGUUGAGUUCGAUGCCAGCUUAAUAUCUCAAUGGUUAGAUGUCUUCUGGAAUAGAUUUGCUUCGCUAUGGCCCAUCAUUCACCAUUCAACUUUUUCCGUCCAAAAAGCACCUCCGGCCCUUACAAUGUCAAUUCUCAUGUUUCCCAUGCGUCUUUCGGAAAACAAAGUCAUCCGCGAUCUUAGUGCCCUGAUACAAAAGCAACUAUAUCCUUAUUUGAUAGAUCACCCUAAAUUUGGUCCUCCAAGCUGCCUAUGGAUUCUCCAGUCGUUGUUCCUUAAUGUUGUGUAUGCUCGAAUGUCUACUACUGUACAACAGCAUCAGCACAGUAAACCGAUGCUUGCUUAUUUCAUCGAGCUUUUGCAACAAGGUUUCGUUCCUUAUCAAUCUACAACUCCUGAUGCGGAUCCGGAAACCGAAAAAUGGUUGGCUUGGGUACACAAUGAAUCAAUAAAGAGAGUUGCCAUUUAUACUUUGGUGUUUGAAGUUCAAGGACUUAUUCUUUUUGGAUAUUCUCCUAUUCUAAGCGUUGCCGAGGUUUCGUACUCAUUACCAUGUAGUGAUGAUAAAUGGAACAGUGAAACAGCUAGUAAUUGGGCAAGAGUUGCGGAUAGCGAAUCUGAUCAUUUACUCAACCUUGUUAAGGGUUACCUAACUCAAGGUGCUUUGCCCGAGAAAAAUGCAUGCCAAAGCAUGAUAAUAUUAUUCUAUGCACUCAUUUCCAUGGAAUAUACAUUUAAGAAAAAGAAGCCCGUUCUGCUAUACCACACAAACAAGCGUGGUCUGGAUACAUUUUUUGGUCUCUUUGUGUCUGUGUACGAGCGUUGGUAUCGCGAUUUCCAAAUGGUCUACUUAGACUCCGGGCUACUGUCUGCGAAUAAGACGCUCGUGAAGGAAUACCUGUCCUUUUACAACAUGUACUACAUAUCUUCGAGAACGGAUGUCAGCAGUAUUCGCUGUUUUGCGUCUACAGUUGCCAAUGAUCCAAAACAGUGGCCUACCUCACCUCAAACGGCGUUUGUUAAGGCAUGGCCGAAAACAGAUAAUGCUAAAUGUGCUGUGUUGAAUGCUAUUUCGCUGUUAGAACUCCUCCUCAGCGACGAUUUCGAGUCUGAUCUCACUCUUUGUGCCGGUCUCAGUCAGCCUUGGUGUGUGUUCAUUUCGACAAUUAUCUUGUGGGCUUAUGGGUUCGCCCUGGAUGAAAAGUGCUUGGGUUUUGAAGAUCAAGGAAAUUUACGGACACAUCUUAAUGUGUACCUGAUGAAAAUGCGUUUAAUUAUGCAGUACAACGAUAUGGAGGCUAUUCAUAUAAGAAGUCGAACUGUCGACUUAAUCAAUUGCUCAAUACAGGCCCUGCAGAGGGUUCCGUGGGGGCUCAUGACUGAGGGAACACUGCUGUUACAGCAACUCGUCGGUCAUCAACCGACGGAACCCACCUUUGAGUGAUAAAAAUGCAUUACGUGAAUUCGUCGGUAAAAUGUAUAGCUUUAUCUUGGCAUCCGACUAAUUUGUUUCUACAACCGCAAAAAGGACAGUAAUAAGAACGUAAACAGCUGUAACAUCUCGAUACUUCCCCGAUUUCUGUUUUUCCAUGCUAGCCAUCUCCGUUCUACUUAUCCGCUAACGUUCGAUCUUUUCCCAAACCAGAAUCCCACGAG